GCCGCUCUCACUUUGUCGUGCAGGGUUUACAAUUUUCUCCGGUAAAGAAAAUAACAGAAAAUCGGAUACAUAUAGAUCGUUGUCAGACACAGAAAGAGUGAGACCGGGUAGUUCUUAACACCGAGACCCUGUCUCCCAAGUCGUUCAGGUUGGAAAGAAUAAGCACAGAUGGAUACCCCGGAGAGCCCUACUCAAUCCCCACAGUCACCAGAAGAGGAGGAGGAGAAGGGCAUCUCUGACAGUGAGUUGUUGGAUUCACCGACUGAGCUGGACCAGGCCAUCUCAGACAGUGAGCUGCUGAAUGACGAGGAUGACGAGGGCCAGGAGGAGGAACAAGUCGGCAGAGACUCAGAACUGGAAGACGAGGAGGAGGAUGAAGGUCUCGGAGGAACAGGAGGAGGAGAAGGAGGUGGUGGAGGGCAGGAGAGAGUCUCUGACCAAGAGGAAGAUGUGAUGGAUCGAAGAGAUCAUAGGCAUAAGAGGGGUGCCUCUGACCUGCCUGGACACUUUGGUGCCAUGAUGGGAGCCAGCAUUAAUGUCCGACAAUCGGUCAAUGAAGAGGAGGAAGAAGAUGAGCAAGAUCAUGAGCUAGAGGAGAGAAUCAGUCCCGAGUCGCCUGACUUUGAGCCAGAGCAGCACAGGCCCCUCAGCCUACCUGAAGAGGAGGAAGAUGAGGAUGAGGAAGAGAGACCUGGUGGUCCUGUCACGGCAGUGGUGGAUGAGGAAGAGGAGGACGAAGAGGAGAUGAUGAGGGAAGCUCGGCGCCGGAGAGGUGUGGUGGUGGUGAGCGACAUGAAGGAUGAGUCGUCAGUGUCUCGCGAGCUGGAUGAGCAUGAGCUGGACUAUGACGAGGAGGUGCCAGAGGAACCCAGCAUGCCCCCACUCCCCCAAGACCAGGAGAAGGAGAAGGAGGGCAAUGAGGGGAUCAAGCAGAGGAAGGAGCGGAUCCCCAUCCUGCCGCCCCCGUCUGACAAGGACGCCCAGCCCAGAAAGCAAGAUGAAUCCAGGGGUCCGGAGCGAGGAAGGAGAGACACCCUCCGAGACAAGAAGAAGGAUGAGGAUGAUGGAGAGAUCGAUGAGGGGGAGAUAGAUGAUGAUGAUCUGGAAGAGGGGGAGGUGAAGGAUCCCAUGGAUCGCAAGAUUCGGCCCCGCCCAACCUGCAGGUUCUUUAUUAAAGGGAACUGCACCUGGGGUAUGAACUGCAGAUUCAUCCACCCCGGAGUGAACGAUAAGGGCAACUACUCCCUCAUCAGCAAACCAGACCCAUUCAACCACAACGGGGGCCCACCCGGGGGACCCCACCCUCUCAUGCCCGCCAACCCAUGGGGAGGUCCGGCUGUUGAGGAGCUUCCACCCCCCCCACCUCCCCUGGAGCCUCCAGUAGAGAGUGCCUGGGAGAGGGGCCUGAGACACGCCAAAGAGGUGCUGAAGAAGGCCACCAUCCGUAAGGAGCAGGAGCCCGACUUCGAGGAGAAGCGCUUCAACGUCACCAUCGGCGAGGACGAGCGGGAGUUCGACAAGGAGAACGAGUUCUUCAGGGAGCGCGCCGGCUACCGCAUCACCCGGGAGAUCCGAGAGCCAGGGGAUAUGGAAUUCAGAGAGCUAGGCUAUGGAAAUGACCCCUACGCCGACCCGUACUAUGACUAUGAGAUGGAGGCCCUUUGGAGAGGAGGCCAGUAUGAGAACUUCAGAGUGGAGUACUCAGAGACACCUUUACCAUACCACUACGCAGAGGAGAGAGAGCGUGAGCGAGACCCGCGUGAGCGAGACCCGCGUGAGCGCCACCGCGAGCGGGAGAGAGAGCGGGAGCGAGACCACCGCGAGCGCGAGAGGCGGCAGCGGGAGCGUGAACGGGAGAGGGAGCGUGAGAAGGAGCGACUGCGGCGGAAGGAGGAGUGGGAGCGCGACCGGCUGAAGCGGGAUGAGAAGGAACGCCCACGGGAGCGGCCCCUCCGAGAGCCCCGCGACAAGAAGGAGGACAAGGACAAGCAGCCCAAAGCACCCAGGUCGCCCGGGGGCAUCCCGCCCAGUCUCAGACCCAUGGAACCCCCGGUGAAGAAGGAGAUGGUUCCGAUGGUCAAACGUCCAGACGAAUGGAAGGACCCAUGGCGCCGGUCCAAAUCUCCCCGCAGACGCCCGGGCAUGACCGGCUCUCCCCCACGUGGCCGACGACGACAUCGGCCCUCGGGCUCCUCCGUUUCACUGUCCAACUCCUCCAGGUCGUCGUCCCGCUCCUCGUCGUACACAGGCUCUGGCUCCUCACGCUCAAGAUCCCGGUCCUCCUCCUUCAGCUCCUACUCCAGCCACUCCUCACAGCACAGCUCGUUCAGUGGCUCACGAUCCUUCUCCUCCUCGCCCUCCCCCCACCCCCACCCCCACCCCCACCCCCACCCGGCAGCACAGAGAAACGCAGCCAAGGCUAAACCAGACCAGCCUCCUGUGGUCUCUAAAGGCCCCCCGCAGAAGCCUGCCACAGUGCCCCCCCCUCGCAGAGACAAACCCCCACCCAAAAAGCUGCCCAGCCCCACCCAGCAAGCUGGCCAGCCCAACCAGCCCAGCCAGCCCCCUAGCGAAGUCCCCAAGCCCCCGGCCCCGAGGGACCCCGCCAAGCCACCCCCCAACGCCAGGGAGGGUCGCAGGAAAGAUAGGCCGCAUCCGCCACGGAGGCGGACGUUGAGUGGUAGUGUGAGUGGCACUGGCAGCAGCUUCUCAGGCUCCAGCUCCCGCUCCCACUCCUCCACAGGCUCCCGCUCGCGCUCCGGAUCACGCAAGUCUAGAAAAUCCAGGUCUCUGAGCGUGAGCAGCGUCUCCUCUGAGUCCUCGGCGUCGUCCAGCAGCAGCUCGGUGCGGAGCGCCGACUCGGACGACAUGUAUGCCGAUCUGGCCAGCCCCGUGUCCUCGGCCAGCUCGCGCUCGCCCACCCUCGGACAUCCCCGCAAGCCCCGCGCCCCCCCCAGAGAUCUCCAGCGCCCCAACAAAGACAGAGGAAAGCCCCCAAAGAAAGAGGAGCCCUUCAGAGACGAGCGCAAGAGGCUGAGUCCAUCAGGGCCCCCCUUCAGGCCGGGCUCAGCUGGUCAAAUGCCCCGCUCAGGCCCCAGCAACCGGGGUCACCCCAUGCACCCGCCACACAUGGGGCCCCCGGGGGGAUACGGCUCGCACAAGGACAUCAAACUCACGCUGCUCAACAAGCAGCAGCCGCCAGACCGAGGCAACAGGAAAAGGUAUUUCCCUGCCGAUAAGGAGAGGCCGACGUCUCCCCUCAGCAAGAGGAUAGCCAUGUCUCCUGACAGAGGCCGGGACCGGAGGAUGAUGGGUAGACCCCCCCUAUCUCCUAGAAUGGACCGUCCCAGAGGCCAGGGCCCACGGCCAAUGCCCCCACAGGGCGACAGGAAGCGGCCCCUGUCCCCACCCCCAAAGGCUUCUGGGAAGGGUCCAGCCAUGCCCCCAGGCAAACCCCCGGGGCAGGGUUCAGGCUCCGGUUCCGGUUCGGCCUCUGGGAAGCCCAGCAACACGCUGAGCCGCCGAGAGGAGCUGCUCAAGCAGCUGAAGGCCGUGGAGGACGCCAUCGCCCGCAAGAGAGCCAAGAUCCCCGGGAAGUAGAGCCAGCCACGACGGAUACAAGACACAGAAGAGAAGCAUCACACCUCCCCUCUCCCCCCUCCUCCUACCAAAUACCCUUCGGCUGACCGUGUCACCGAAUCGUCAGCAGGCAUCUUAGCAGCUUUGGGGGAGCGGGCGGACGGACGGACAUAAACGAAUAAACAACAGCAAAAAGAAACAACAAACAAAAGCACCAGGGUGUGAGGAUGCGUGAUGGAAGCCGCUUGUGAGAUGAAAAUUUUCGUUUGGGCGUCCCCACGGUAGAGGACGUGUAGAUUUUAUAUGGAUGUCACACAGAUGUGGGGGUGGGGGGGACACUGUUCAUUCAUCUUUCUCCCCCUCCCCCCUUCUCUCCAACAUGAACUAUAGGAGAUGUUUUCUUAAUAACGGGGAGAAUAAAUACUGUUUAUCUAUCCAGGUUCUCUUAUCUGAGUCCCUCCAUCUCUCUCUUUCUCUCUCUCUGUCUUUCUCUUACUCUCACUCUAUUUUAUUAUCUCCUUUUCUCUCCGCUCCUCUCCUAGUUGUAUGUAUGUGGAGGGAAGUUGAGGGGAUGGGAAACGCUGUGCUCUAUGUACGAUACACUGAAGAUUCUACAAAUGGCAUCUUGAUGACGAGGUGGUCGCUUCCACUUGCAUUUGAUUUGUGGCCACAAAUGGCCACGGGCCCCUCAGUAAGGCCAAGUCACUUGAUGUGAUUUACAUGAUUCCCAGUUCAAACCCUGAACUCUCAGUCCCCCGACCGUUCAAUUGUUUUUCCAGACCUUCCAAUGUGUACAAUUAUAGUAAGCAGACGACAAGCAAGUUUCUUUUAAAAAGAAGUGUAUUACUCUAGAGCUCAAAUGACAGUGAUGUGAAGUAUUGCUUUUUUUUUCUCCUUUUUUUAAUUUUACGGAUUUGUUUUGUUUUUUCUUAGCUCGACUCCAGUAAUAAACUGUUUUAUUCGUCCCUCAUUUUUAGUUGAAACAAGUGUGAGAGGUUGUAUACGGGACGCCAGGAGAUGAGGAGGAACUCCGUCUAGCUUUUUUGUGACAGGAAAAAAAAAAAAGCUUCUAAAUAAACUAUUUUGAUAAAGAGA